AUGUCAUUAGAUACAACAGAAAAUGAUGCUGAAAUUGCUCGAAUUUUAACUGAAGAAUAUAAUCUAGCAUCAGGUUCAUCUAGUCCGAAUGCAGUAAGAUCAUCAAAAUUAUGUUGGUCGGUUUCAGCAGAAAAUUUUAUAAUGGAUAAUACACAACAAAUAGAAACGUCAAUUCCUGAAAAUCAAAAGUGUCUACCACAAUUUGAAGACGAUAGUGAAAUAGCUUUUAUUUUACAAAUUGAAGAAAUUGUUUUAUCAGAAAAUAAAAUUAAUGAAAAUACAAUCAAUAUUACUGAUGCUCAAUUAGAAAAAACUCAUAAAGAUAUGACAAAAGCAUUACAACCAACAAAAGAAACAGAUUUAAUGACUAGAAUUUUUGGUAUGUUUGCUACUAUACAAACACGUUAUACUGAUUGUCAAACUAAAAAUCAAGCUUUAAUUGAACAAAUUCAAAGAUUAUCAAUUCAAUUAUAUCCAUUAUUAAUACCACUUAAAACUCAAGGAAGAACUGGCAUAUCUAGAGCAGCUGUGCCUGCUAUUGCUAUUGGCCUUAUUACUAAUGUUUUGCAAGGUAACAUACAAUUCAAUGAUGCAAAAGAGAUUAUGUUGAAUAUGCUACAAAUAUGGAAUGAAUCUAAUGUUUGGUAUGAAUUUUUGGAACAACUUGUUUAUAUAUUAGUUGCAGUAACUGUACCAUCAUUUUCUCAAGGAGCUAUGGGAAAAAUAAUGGGAAAAAUUUCACCUUUGAAAUAA